AGCAUUAUGUCGAUAUGGAGAAGGUUAAUGCUUUGAUGGGUAUCAAAACUGGGGACAAAAUCCUAACAAUCGCUGCAAAUGGAGCUCACGCACUGUCUAAACUGCUUGCCGACCCCGCAGAAGUCAUCGCAUUAGAUGCCAGCGCACCUCAACUUCAUAUGGCAAAGCUACAAGCAUCAGCUAUGAAGCUCCUAUCCAGAGAAGAAUUUUGCACGCUAAUUGGCAUCGACAGAAUGCGUAUUCCUUCAGAAGAAAGAAUAAAAAUGUAUCGGGAUAUUAGAUCUUCACUUGAAUCUGAAACAAUGGCAUAUUGGGAUGCGUUUACUAAGGAUAUUGGUGAAGGAUUUCUAUAUUGUGGGGAGUAUGAAAACGGCUACACAAACUUACUUAAAGAUAUGAUACCGUCGAUCCAUGAUAAAGCAACUGUUGAAGAGUUUCUAGCAUUAGGAGACAAUAUGGAAGAACAGAUUCGAUAUUACGAGGAUAUUUGGAGCACGUCACAAUGGUGCGCGGUGUAUAAGGGCAUGGCGAGAAACGCUUUCUUCUCAAGAGCAAGCACUGCGUUAAAUAUCGAUUUUUCAACUCUUUCGACAUAUCUUUUAAAUCAGUUCGAAAAAAUGAUAAGACAUACACCAAACAAGAGGAACGAAUUCCUCGAAGCAUUCCUCACUGGUGAUAUCAACGGGUCCUGUAAACUACAUGCCUAUCUUAGAGAAGGCAAUUUCGAGUUCAUUAAAAGCCGUUUAGACAGAAUGAAAUGGAUUGAAGGAGACAUAAUCGAAUUUGUGCGUGACCGUGCAGCUAAACAAAACUUUGAGAGAUUGGAUGGAAUUAACCUUUCCACUGUACCCGUAUAUUACAAAAAGUUUCCUGAUAAAAUAUACAAUUUGAUGAAACAAGCAGUUGAGAUUUGCAAACCAGGCUCAAAGCUAGUCUAUUAUGCAGCAUAUGAAGAGCUGAACAAUCAGUUUCCUCAAAAAAUGAUUGAAGAUGGUGUGUUAACAUACAAUGGACAAGACCUAUCAUGUGGCAUUCUUAUUCCAAGAUAUGCAACCGUUAAUUGACCAACACGCAAGAUAAGCAAAAGACGAAUGGAAAUGAUUUCUCCCUCUGGGAGGCGGAGACGCUCCUGGUUCGGCCUAAUUUCAUGAUUACAUGCAAGACUUAUAUGAGAUAGAAAAACACAUAUUCAUUAACAUAAAUAUAUCCCGCAACGCAUCGCUUCAAGUGGGACACAUUUAUAUUGGUCCGUUGAUUAAACUAGAUCCCCCAACAUUAAAAGCAUGUUUUUUCGUAUUGUUAGGACGAUUAAAGAUUAUACUGAUAUCAAGCUACAACCCUCACAAAAUGAUACAAACAAAUGAGUCAAACAAUAUUUAAACAUGAAAUCAAGCCCAGACUAUACAAAGACUAUGCUUUUUGUAGGAUGCUUUUUGUUUCAUGUCAAGUAAUCAGGGCGUGAAGUCGGUGACGACACGAUAAGACACUGAAGAAGAACGUCAAAUAAAGCUGAAAUGAUGUGUUUAAAAUCAGACCCUGAAUAUUUCAAUUGGGGAAAAAACGGAUGUAAAAAAUCUGUACCUUGAAUUUGAGCUCUCCAACACGAGAUAAGAAUAUUGUUGUCAUUCUGAACUAUCGCGUAUUA